AGCAAAUCCUGUUCGUUUGUGAAACCACAGGGUUUAGGGUUUAUGGAAUAGAAUUAAGAAUUUAAUAACAAUGAAGCCCAAUUGGAUUAAAAGAGAGUGAAAAUCUUUCUGCAUCUUCGUCUAAUGGUAAACUACCAUGAGCAGACAAUGUGCAGGGCUUCUUCCAAGUUCGUACUGUAUACGCGAAGUAAAGCAUUGGAUUUUCAGGCAAAAUAAUCUGUUAAGAAUUUGUUCCAAAUCCGGCACAGAUAAAACAAAGCCAAUAAAUAAAGACGGUGAAAAUGAUCUAACCCAAUUCAGCACUAACCCAGAUGAUAGAGAAAUAAAAAAUGCGAGGGUUUUAGAUUCAAUUCAUCACAACUCUGCUCAAAAUGCAGCAAUGGAGGGUGUUUCUGAUACAGGUGAGUGUUAUUCCUUAGAGGCUCGUGCCAUUUCGGAUGUAAUUAAACAUAAUCGAAAUAUUUGGGAAAGUGAAACUGAAAAAACCCUAAGACAAUAUAGGGAGAAGCUAAAAGAAUCCCUUGUUCUGGAGGUCUUAAAGCUUUUGAAGGCUCCAGAAAUGAGUCUUAGAUUUUUUAUAUGGGCAGGGCAACAGAUUGGUUUUUCCCACACACCCAAAACGCGUGAAGCCCUUUUAGAAACUGUCGGACUAAAUUUUCAGUCUGGUGCGUUCGAAGAAUUUCUUCUGGAGAUUAGAAACGAGGAUGAGGAAAGUUUUAAACUUCUAUUAAAUAUUUUGAUUAGAAAAAGUAGCCAAAAAGGUAUGUGGAAUGAAGCUGUUAAAUGGGUGGGAAGGCUCAAAGAUUUUGGUCAUAUGCCGACAUCGACAACAUAUAAGGUUCUCAUUCAAGCUCUUUUGGCAGCUGACCGGUCUGACUUGGCCCUGCAAAUGUAUGAAGAAAUGAGCAAGGCCGGUUUGAGGAUUGAUUCUUAUACGCUUGGUUGUUUUGGUCGGACUCUGUGCAAGGCUGGAAUGUGGCAAGAUGCCCUGAAUAUGAUUGGCAAUUCGGGUGUAAGCCCAGAUACUGUAAUAUAUACCAAAAUGAUUUCUGGAUUGUGCGAAGCCUCUAUGUUGGAUAAGGCAUUUGAGUUUCUGCAUAGAAUGAGAGCUAAUUCUUGCAUUCCUAAUGUUGUCACCUACAACACUUUGCUAGGAAGUUUUCUCAAAGCAGGGCAGUUAAAAAGGUGCAGGGAGAUUGUUAGGCAGAUGCUAUCUGAAGGUUGUCGUCCCAGUGCUUCAAUCUACAAUGGCCUCAUAAAUGCUUAUUGCAAGGCAGGAGAAUUCGUUAAUGCUUACAAAUUGCUUAAGCAGAUGGCACCUAGUGGUUGCCCUCCAAGUUAUGCAACUUAUAACGUCUUGAUUGGAGGCAUUUGUGGGGAGGAGGCUAUAAAAAGCAAAGAAGUUCUGGAACUGGCUAUAAAAGUAUAUCGAGAAAUGCUUGAUGAUGGGUAUGUGCUUAACAAGGUUAAUGUGGGGCGCUUUUCUCAUUGUCUCUGCGCAACAGGGAAAUCUGAUGAGGCCUUUAGUGUUAUUUGGGAAAUGAUGAAGAAAGGAUUCAUUCCUGAUACUGGCACGUACACAAAGGUGAUAACAUUGCAAUCUCAGGCAAGUAAGGUUGAUAAAGCUUUGCUACUAUUCAAGGAGAUGAAAGAGAAGGGCGUUUCUCCAAAUGUGUUUAUUUAUACUAUGCUGAUUGACAAUUUUUGUAAAGUAGGUCUUAUUGAACAAGCUCACAAGUGGUUCGAUGAAAUGAUAAGCGAAGGUUGCUCUCCCAAUGUUGUGACAUAUACAGCACUUCUACACGGUUAUUUAAAGAUGGGUAAAAUAUCUGAGGCAAAUGAUCUAUUUGGUCACAUGGUUGCAGCGGGUUGUGCUCCAAAUGUUGUUACCUAUACAGUUCUGAUUGAUGGACAUUGUAAGGCUGGAGAUGUGGAGAAGGCAUCCCAGAUAUAUAGUAGAAUGAGAGAAAGCAGGCUUUUUCCAAAUGUAGAAAUUUACUUUAACAACAUCAAAGCUUCUGGUAUUGAGCCGAAUGUUUUUACUUAUUGUGCUCUAAUCGAUGGUCUUUGCAAGGCUAAGAAACUAGAGGAGGCUCAUGAGCUGUGGAAAGCAAUGUUAGAAGUUGGUUGUAAGCCCAAUGAUGUGGCAUACAAUGCUCUUAUUGAUGGUUUAUGCAAGGCUGGCCAGUUGAAGGAAGCACAGAAGGUGUUCUUGAAGAUGACUAAAGACGGUCAUACUCCAGAUGUGUACACUUAUAGCUCCUUGAUUGACAGGCUGCUUAAGGAGAGCAAGUUGGAUGCAGCUUUUAGGAUUUUGUCAAAAAUGGCGGAGAAAGGCUGUGCCCCAAAUGUUAUAACCUAUACUGAAAUAGUAGAUGGUCUCUGCAAAAUAGGAAAGACAGAGCAAGCACAUAAGUUUUUUACCAUGAUGCAAGAAAAGGGCUGUCCUCCAGAUGUAAUCACAUAUACUGCUAUGAUGGAUGGCCUUGGCAAAGAUGGGAAAAUUGAUCAAGCUAUUGAGCUUCUCCAACAAAUGGUUGAGAAAAGCUGUGCUCCUGAUUCAUUGACAUAUUCAGUUCUAAUAAAUCAUUGUUGCAGUGCGGGGAAGCUUUAUGAAGCCCAAAAGCUCUUACAUGAAAUGAAACUCACUUGUUGGCCUCCGUAUAUUAAGGGCUUUCAUGGCUUAAUUCGCAACCGGAUUAAAGAGUUUACAUCAUUGCAUAAUGGCUCGACUGAAAUCUCAACUUCCACUACAUUGCCUAUCUCAGCCGCUUAUUCUGCACUUGUGUGUAGUCUUUGUAAGGGGGGGCAGAUGAAAUUGGCUCUGGACUUGCAGAAGGAGAUGCUGUCCUUGCCACUGGAUCUUCAUAGAGCUGCUCUUGCUACUAUGUAUGCUGUAUUAAUUGAAGGACUGUGUAAGUUGAGUAGUAUCGAGAAGGCAUUUGACUUGUAUCGGGAAAUGAUUGAAAGACAUUGCAUUCCAGAAACAACAGUUUUUGCCCAUUUGAUCAGGGGUCUUUGUGUAGCAGGAAAGAGAGAUGAAGCGCUAGAACUUCUUCACAGCAUCAGCAACAUGUUGCUGAAGAAUAGGCUUGAGGACCAAGGGGUCUUUGCUGUGAGAGAAGUGCUCCUUUCUGGUGCAGCCUUGGAAAGCCAGUGUGCUAUGGAUUUCUUGUGCCAAACUCCAAUGAUGUGAUCAAGUAUUUUCUUACCUGUUUUUGAAACAGCUGUUAGUGUCAAAUGAGAGUAUUAGGGUUGUUCCUGCAUUGUUGGUGGGAGAUUGGCAAAGGUGGUGCAAGGUUGUCACCGGUGUUGAACUGUAUGGGCUACACACCAUAGCCAAGACUCUUAUCGUUUUGAUAUAGUAUAUGGACAGGUCCCAAGUUGGCAUGUGAUGAUGACAGUUCCUGAAUGAAUUAGGCUGGUCAUGUAUUGAGCAUGAAAAAACCAUUCCUGCCAUCAGAUACCAAACGGAUCUAACAUUUGACAAGGCUUCAGUAUUAUGAGGGACAACUUUUUUAUCUGAGCUACUUGCCUAUGCUCUUAUCUCAAAUUGAUGCUCCAAGUGCCAUAUUUAUUGAGUAGUACAGGUUCUGUUCCUGAACUGCUUCAUAUUCACAUAUUUGGUACAGCUAUGAGGCUUGCAUAUGACAAAUAAUUGGGAUCGGAAAUCCAAACUAUUCAGGAGUCCAUUGAAAUUGACUUGACAAGGAGGCGAUUGGAGGCCAAAAGAUGCCGGGAAUGCAGACCUACAACUUCAAAAAAAGACUUAUGCCAGCCAUAUACCCUCAGGCAAUGGCUGGUUCCCUUCUUAUCUCCUCUAUGCAUUUGUUCAGCCAUAUACCCCCAAGCGAUGGCUGGGACUCUAGUUUGGGCUGUCUUCAAAUUUGGUGCAAGUGCUAUCACAUGGAGCAGUAAGAAACAAUCGACUAUGGCUCUCUCGUUUACAUUGGCUGAAAAUAGAAAUGUAAUAGAAGCAGCGAAGAAGUCAAUGUGAAUUAAAAGAUUAUUGGAUAAGUUUUGGAUGGGUACUAUUGAGAGUACCACUUCAUUAGGUGAUGGCCAAAGUUGUAUUACUCUUGCUAAGAAUCUAGUUCAGCAUCAAAGAACAAAGCACAUUGAAGUCCAUGUGCACUUUGUUAGAGAAAAAGUUUCAAUGGAAUUAGUUCGGGUUGCCUUCAAAUUUGGUGCAGGUGCUGUCACGUGGAUUAGCAAGAAACAAUCAACUAUGGCUCUUUCAUUUAUAGAGGCUGAAUAUAGAAGGGCAAUUGAAGCAGCAAAGGAGCCAGUGUGACUUAAAAGGUUAUUGGAUAAGUCUUGUAUGGGCACUAUUAAGAGUGCCACUUUAUUAUGUUAUAUCCAAAAUUGUAUUGCUCUUGCCAAGAAUCUUGUUCAACAUGAAAUAACAAAGCACAUUUAAUUCUAUGUGCACUUCAUUUGAGAAGAAGUUUCAACUGAAACUACUCUUUAGUUCUUUCAAACUGAUUAUUAGACAGUACUUAUCUUUAACAAACUUCUAUGCCUUGUAAAUUCUCUCUAAAUUUAGAACAAUGUAGGCCUCAAGGAGUUGCCAAUGAGGGGAAGUGUGCAUGACAAUCAUAUCUGCUAAUGGCAAACAUUGAUACCUAAGACCAAGCCUUGGAUAAGAUCUAAGGGUACAUGUACGACAUACAAGCUAUGUAUCGCUUCCUCUAGAUUUCUUCUUCCAUUUGUAAAAGCACUGUAUAUAAAACCUAUUGGCAUUAUGUAUUUUAAAAUUAACUUGGUGGCAGCUUAUAGAGUUCCUUUGCUGA